AUGGACGUUCGUCUUGUCUUGUGCCUUCUCUGGGCUCUCCUAGCUAUGGCCAACGCACGUCCUUCCAGCUGUUACUACAGAUUCCCUGGGGAAAGCAGCCAUGAAGAGAGGAGAUGUAGGUUUUGGGAAGAUGCUUGCAUCGCUGUUCAGGAAGUGAACACUGUUGGGGGUGUGGUGCAGAGGGGCGUCUUCCAGUCGUGCAUCAGCAGCCUGCACAGCCUGGAGGGCAACCUGGACUUUGAGUUUGCGGAAGGCGUCUACGUGAGGGUCCAUUCCAAGAUCUGCAGAGAGACCAACUGCAACAUGGAGGAGAUAAAGGAACGCUCCAGACUCAGCGUCAUGCCCAAUGGAAGACAGUGCCCGUCGUGCUAUGUCGUGGGAUCCCACCGCUGCCUCCAGAACGACAUCCUGCACUGCCGGGGGGCUGCCAACCAGUGCGUCGACGUUGUUGGGUCGCUGUCAGAGAAUGACGCCGACCUCCCUUUCGCAGGAAGAGGAUGCGCCACCAAGGAUGUGGCCAAGAUCAAAGCCGGGAUGGGCCUGAUGUCGGGUUUAUACAUCUAUCAAAUCAAGAGUAUCCAGUUAAGCCCAGCCCCCAGGGUGGAGAACGUGACCAACUUCUGA